GUUGUACUCGUGAUGUUGUUUCAUACUGUAUGGGCGUGUGAGUGCUUGUGUAGAAAAAAUUGUGUUUUGUGAUGCCCCGUGUUCUAAUGAAAAGUAAAAACGGUAUAAGGAUUGCAAUGUGACAGAGACGAAGAUAGAACCCGCCAAAACGAGUGCCUUAAAAUAGCAACUAAAUAAGUGCCUGUAGAAAUUAUAAGAUCAACAAGACGAACGACAUAUCGCUACGAAAAACGAAAAUUACGUAAUAGGUGCCAAGCGACCCGCUCUCACCGCAAACACAAGCGGGCGCGUGACGUUCCCUCCGCGAGCGGGUUGAGCAAGCCCUACACGAUAAUUGGCGCCGGCUGACCGCCGCCGCUCCAAGCUCCCCACAACCCCGGAACAGACGACGCUCAUUCAGUCAGGAGAAACGUAAACAGCGGGAGAGACGUCCAAGUGCGGUCUCUUUAGACGUUGAAGCGGGCCCAUACCGCACUGCUACUAUACAUAGAGCCCGCUCAUUAAGCAAGAUGGCGACUCUAUCGUUGAAGAUAUCGUUAGAAGGUGGUAAAGUGGUGAAGACUAUCCAAUUUGAUCCCUCCACCACCGUUUACGACGCCUGCCGCAUCAUCAGGGAAAAAAUCUUGGAGGCGACCACUAGUGAUCCCAAGGAGUUCGGUUUGUUCCUCGCCUCGGAGGAGGACAACAAGAAAGGCAUCUGGCUAGAGCCUUCACGCAGUCUCGACUACUAUAUGCUGAGGAAUGGAGACGUGCUCGAGUAUAAUAAGAAAACACGGAAUCUACGUGUCAGAAUGUUAGAUGGUACUGUAAAAACGUUGCUGGUGGAUGAUAGUCAGAUAGUGGCCAACUUGAUGGUGGUGAUCUGCACCAAAAUCGGUAUCACCAAUUAUGACGAGUAUGGACUUGUGCGGGAAGAACAACAAGAACAGCCGGAUCCUUGCGACAAACCUAACUAUGGAACCCUUACACUCAAGAGAAAACACCACGAGAAAGAGCGAGACGCAAAAAUGGAACAGCUCAGAAAGAAAUUGCGCACCGAUGACGAAGUAAAUUGGGUGGAAGCGGCCAAAACUCUACGCGAGCAAGGUAUAGACGUAACCGAAACUCUGUUGUUGCGUCGCAAGUUGUUCUUCUCGGAUCGUAACGUGGACUCGCGCGAUCCAGUACAACUGAACCUGCUAUACGUGCAGGCACGUGACGCUAUAUUGGACGGAACGCAUCCCGUCACACAGGACAAAGCAUGCGAGUUUGCCGGUAUACAAUGUCAGAUACAAUUUGGAGAUCACAAAGAAGAUAAACAUACUCCAGGAUUUUUAGAUUUGAAAGAGUUCCUGCCCGCUUCGUACGUGAAGGUGAAGGGUAUAGAGAAGAAAGUGUUCAAGGAACAUCGCAAACACGCCGGCCUCAGCGAACUGGAUGCUAAAGUACUAUACACGAAGACAGCGAGAGAUCUGAAGACAUAUGGUGUCGCAUUCUUCCUUGUCAAGGAAAAGAUGAAAGGCAAAAACAAACUGGUGCCACGUCUAUUGGGCGUCACAAAGGACUCUGUUCUGCGUCUGGACGAACGCACUAAAGAGAUUCUACAGACGUGGCCGCUGACUACAGUGCGACGUUGGUGCGCCAGCCCUAACACGUUCACACUAGACUUCGGUGAUUAUAGCGAUCAGUAUUAUUCGGUGCAAACCACAGAAGCGGAACAGAUACUUCAAGUGAUUGCUGGUUACAUCGACAUUAUAGUGCGAAAGAGACGCGCCCGCGAUCAUCUCGGCAUAGACGGAGACGAAGGUUCCGCCAUGUUGGAAGACUCCGUGUCGCCAUCAAGAGCCAACAUAAUUCAGCACGAUACUUUCAAAUCUGGCAAAGUGAACACCGAAUCUGUUGCAAAACCGGCCGUGCACCGACCCGGCGCCGAAGGCGCGAAGCCGUUCGCCGUCGGCCACAUGACCGGCGCCCAACAGACCACCGUAUCGGGCCAAGUCAUCACCGGUCACACUCCGCCCGCAGCCGCACAAGUGCAACAAACUAAAGUGACUUCACUUCUAUCGGAGCCACAGAGAGCGCUACUGUCAGCUAUCACUACUGGUCGUGAAGUCAUCAGACAAACAGAAGAAGGUCUCGAAAGGACGGUGAUGCCGGAGCUGGGUGCUGACUCUGCAUCGGUCAAGUGGAAACAGGUCACGUUAGACACCAACAAGCAAGCUGUCACCAGUCAUAUAGCGGCCAUGAAUGCGGCCACUGCACAAGUGGUCACACUCACGUCUGGUACAACUGAGGAAGUUGAUCACACAGCAGUCGGUGCCGCUAUCACAACGAUCACUACAAACUUGCCAGAGAUGACUAAAGGUGUGAAGAUGAUUGCCGCUUUGAUGGACGACGGCGAUACGCUGUUGGACGCUACCAGGAAACUGUGUAGUGCUUUCUCUGAUUUACUUAGAGCUGCUGAACCUGAAGCAAGAGAGCCACGUCAAAACCUCCUGAACGCAGCGUCCCGCGUCGGAGAAGCAUCCACCACCGUACUUCACACCAUCGGCGAGGAAACCGAGGAAGACAAAGAAACCCAGGACAUCUUGCUGUCUUUAGCAAAAGCCGUUGCCAAUACAACGGCGGCGUUAGUUUUGAAGGCGAAGAAUGUAGCAGCCGCUUGUAAAGACGAACAGACCCUCCAGAACAAUAUUAUUGCGGCUGCUACCAACUGCGCGCUCGCUACUAGCCAACUCGUGGCGUGCGCCAAGGUGGUCGCUCCUACUUUACACAGUGCUGCUUGUCGCGAACAAGUAGUGAGUGCAGCGCGUGCUGUGUCCAACGCCGUGGAGAAACUCCUUGACGCUGCGCCUCCGUCUGCCGCGGCAGCUCAUAAACUCCCAGAAGCGGCUAAACGCGUUACCGACGAGCUGGACAGGUUGUUAGCUCACUGCAGUCCUGAACGCCAAGCGACACAAGUGACAGUGACCGAGCGCAGUGUGGAAACUGUGAUGUCAGCGUCGGAACGCGUUUCGGCGGCGGGCGACGCUGCCGAGAUGGUCCGACAUGCUAGACUACUCGGACAGGCGACUGCACAUCUCAUCACCGAUAUCAAGACGGAAGCGGAAAGGCAGCCAUCAGAUGCUCAGCGUAAACUGUUGGCGGCCGCCAAGUUAUUAGCGGACGCGACCGCGCGAAUGGUUGAAGCGGCGCGCCAGUGCGCUUCAGAACCACAGGAUCGCGAGAAACAAGAAGCAUUACGUCGCGCAGCCGAAGAGGUUAGAUACAUCACGGCUGAUUAUGCGCAGGGUUCAGACAUAGUGAGCUCCCAAGUCGCCAGGCUACAGGAAAGCGCACGACAAACGGCGGCGUGCGCCACACAACUAAUCACAUCGGCGCAUAACGCUACCCAGUACAACACGAACAAGUAUUCUCAGGAUACCCUCCUGCAAGAGUGUCGUAUAGUAUCAGAGCACGUGCCCCGAGUGGUGGACGCCGUGGCUCAGUACAACGCACGUCCGCACGCGGCCGCCGCCCAUCACGCUCUGCUCACCACCUCCGAUACCAUACUGCAGUCGAGCACUCAACUGGUGAGUGCUGCUCGAGCAGUGUUGCCCACAGUACAAGACGCCACUGCUGCAAAACAUCUCGCCGACAACACGCAACGGCUCAACGCGAGUGCCGCGUCACUAAGGUCUGCUGUCAACCGUGCCCGUAUCUCAUGCAAGGGUCUAGAAUUCGAUGCAGCGGCAGAAAUCCUGCGAAGCUUACAAGACGAUCUUGAUGAACUGGAAGAGGCUGCGCGCGCAGCUCAACUGCGACCUCUACCCGGACAAACAGAGGAAUGGGCCAACGCUACGAUGCAUACGGCGUCUCGUGCUGCCGCGUCUAGCACCGUCCAGCUGCUGUCCUCAGUCAAAAGUGGGGGCGAAGGCGCGGGGCGGAGCGCCUGCUCGUUGGCCGCCGCCUUACAGGACUUCACCGCCGGCGUGCACGCUAGUGUGUCCGUCGCGCCGCACCAUCAUUCGGACAAGGUGAUCACGUCGUCACGUAAAGUGGUAACGUCAUCGUUGAGCCUAGUGGAGACUGUGAAACAUUACCUGAGCACAUCGGAUCAAAACGAUAUCUCUCACAUGUCGUCUAUAGCUAAAGAAAUCACCGAGGGAUUGGAAACUACAUUAGAGGCAGCACCCUCUCACACGGAAUUGGACGCCGCAUUGGAAGAUAUCAAUGAGACCUUGCACAUACUAGAUAUGAACGAGUUCCCGCCUUCAGACAAACCCUAUAGUGAGCUGCAAUCGGAACUGACCUCCGCCGCGGUGGAGUUGAAUAACGCGUCAUCUGACGUGGCCGGCAGCGUGGAACGUCCCCAGACGUUGGCGGCGGCGGGCGGAGCGUACGGACACGCCUUCAAUAGAACGCUCGCCGCCGCCAUGGAGAUGGCUGGUCAAACAGAGGAUCGUGAAGCACGUACUCUAAUGGUGAAUUCUAUGAAGUCUGUGACUGUGAAUUCUUCUAAGCUCCUAAGCACCGCCAAAUCUGUGAGUCAAGAUCUAACUCGACCGAAUGCUAAGAAUCAAUUGAUGGGAGCAGCUCGCGCUGUCACCGAGAGUAUAAAUCGAUUGGUGGACGUUUGUACGGAAGCAGCGCCGGGUCAGAAGGAAUGCGAAGCUGCCAUCCGCAGCAUAGAGAGCUCUCGCAGUCUACUGGUGGCGCCCAGUCAGCCGGUCAGUGAACUCGGAUACUUCGGAUGUCUCGACUGUGUCGUCGAACAGAGCAAGGGGCUCAGUACCGGUAUGUCCGGUAUGGCGGGCGCGGUGAAGCGUAGUGAACAGGAAGUAUUCGCUCGCAGUGUAUCGGGCGUGGCCGCCGCCGUCACUGGACUGGUGGAGGGGGCAGCUCAAGCCGCCUACCUGGUGGCCAUCUCUGAUGAGACUAGUGUGGCGGGUCGGCCCGGUCUAGUAGAUCAAGCCCAGUUCGCUAGAGCUUUGACCGCUAUUGAGCACGCGUGCGCAUGUCUGUCAGAUCCCAAUAGUGAUCAACAACAGGUGUUAUCUGCUGCCACAGUGAUAGCCAAGCACACGUCUUCUCUCUGCAAUGCAUGCAGAGUUGCCUCAUCUAAAACCAACGAGCCUCAAGCAAAACGACAUUUCGUUCAAGCCGCCAAAGACGUUGCCAACUCCACUGCCGCUCUCGUAAAAGAGAUCAAAGCAUUGGACACUGAUUACAGCGAGGCGAAUCGUAAGCGAUGUGCGGAAGCAACGGGCCCGUUACAAGAGGCGGUUCGCGGUCUGUGCGCGUUCGCUGAUCGGCCAGAAUUCGCGAGCGUACCCGCUCGCAUAUCGCCGCAAGCUAGGCUCGCACAAGAAGAUAUACUCGAUGCUGGCAGGAACAUAAUAUCGUCGUCGUGCUCAAUGUUGGAAGCGGCGAAAGCACUAGCGCUAUCACCUCAAGACCGUGCACAAUGGCAACGUCUAGCAGCACAUAGCAAGACUGUCUCUGACAGUAUCAAGUCACUCGUCACCAGCAUAAGGGAAAAAGCGCCAGGUCAAAAAGAAUGCGCUUCGGCUUUGGACUCGCUGGGACGGUUACUACGCGAAAUAGAUCAGGCUUCCAUACAAGCCGUGGCGCAAGAGUUACAACCAAGAAGGGCUAACACAUUGCAAGGCUAUUCUGAACAAGUAGAGAACAGUGCAAGCGAAAUGCUAGAGCGUUUGGAACCUCUACGCGUCGCCGCCAUAUCCCAAGCCGAACUGUUGGGGCAUGCUGUCAUGCAAUUGGUAUCGUACGCGGAAGCAGUAGUGUCGGGCAGCGUGGGAUGCGCAUCGUUAGUGCAGCAGUCUAGCGCACAAUCGCAGGUGUUAGUUCAUACACGUACUGUACUAGAAGCAGCGUGCGCACUAGUUGCCGCCGCACGCGCUGCCGCUGGCAAUCCGAGGGCGGUGAGCGCGCACGGUGAAGUGGAAGCUCAAGUAUCAUUGACAAGAGCUGCUCUAACUGAACUGAAUACCCACAUCCGAGAGAUGAGCGCUGUCAACGGUGCAGUUGGACCGUUACUGGAGUCUUUGUCACGCGCCUCCGCACGUCUCACUGAUAACAGGAUGUCGCUAAUUGGUUCGUACGACGAGACAGACUCGUUUGUUGACUACCAGGCGCGCAUGAUCGCAGCAGCUAAGGAGAUUGCGAAACUAGCUACCGACAUGACGGCAAAAGCAGCGACGGACAGUAGCCGAGUACUGCCGCUGGCUGGCGAGAUGUGUUCAGCGUAUGAGAGACUUGCUAGAGACAGCGUCGGCGCUGCCGCCACCACGCCUAACACUGAUGUGGCUAAUAGUAUUCGGGGUGGUGUAUCAGAGCUGGGCGAGAGUAUCGGUGGACUGGUGAACGCGGCCGCCGCGUGUCAGGGUCCUGCCCAACCACACGAGCGUUCUGUCGCAUCACACGCCAAGGAUGUGAGCGAGAAGGUUAUCGCAGUACUGAGUGCUUUGCAAGCUGGUUCCCGUGGUACGCAAGCAUGCAUCGAUGCUGCCGCUACAAUAGCCGCCAUCAUAGGCGAUCUUGACACAACCAUACUGUUCGCUAGCGCCGGUACUCUUCAUUCUGAGAAGGAAACUGACACAUUCUCGGAUCAUCGCGAGAGCAUACUGAAGACGGCAAAGACUCUCGUGGAGGACACCAAGACCCUAGUGGGUGGCGCUGCUGGAUCACAGGAACAACUGGCGACCGCUGCUAAUUCCUCUGUCACCACUAUCGUGCAACUUUGCGAGGUGGUGAAGCAGGGCGCCAUGUCCCUGGGCGCGGGCAGCUCCGAGUCGCAGGUGCUGCUGCUGCACGCGGCGCGCGACGUGGCGGGCGCGUUGCGCGACCUCGCCGCCGCCACCACCGCCGCCAGCGGGAAGCCGCACCACCACCCGGACAUGCAGCGGCUCAAGCACGCCGCCAAGGUGAUGGUGACCAACGUGACGUCACUGCUGAAGACUGUAAAAGCGGUGGAAGACGAGCACACGCGCGGUUCUAGAGCGCUGGAGUCCACCAUUGAGGCUAUAUCGCAAGAAAUCGAGGUACUCCUAUCCGAUUCGCCGCCUAAAGGUACGGCCACAGCUGAAGAACUAGUGCGUUGUACACGUCAGAUGACGUCAGCCACUGCGCGCGCAGUCGCCGCUGGAAACGCUAACAAGCAAGAUCAACUCACUGCUGCUGCUAAUCUCGGCAGGAGGACCGUUUUAGAGCUGCUACGUGCGUGCAAGGCGGCGGCAUAUACGGCAGAGAGCAUGGAUACUCGUAAUCGUACGAUAGAAGCGGGCGCGGCGGCCGCGACCGCCUACCGCGAGCUACUAUCUGCCGUGUUGGCGGCGGUCAGUACAGGGGACAGGCAACAUUUCCCUGAACUGUCGCGCCGUGUCGCCCACGCGGUCGCUGAUAUCAUCGCCGCUGCCGAAACACUCAAAGGAUCUGAUUGGGUAGACCCGGAUGACCCUACGGUCAUAGCUGAGAGCGAACUGUUGGGCGCUGCCGCUUCCAUAGAUGCUGCAGCGAGAAAGCUAGACGCUUUGAGACCUCGAAAGGAAGAUGGAAAGAGGAAGAACGAAGAUAUGCCUCGUGCCUCUGAGAUAUGUUUGAUAUUCUUGGUUGUUGUUCUAUCACCCAGGAAUCAAACAUAUUACACAGAGGUCGUGGCCCUGUCUACGCUCAUCAGUGAAGAUGUCCUUAUAAUUAUGAGAAGCAGAAGACGAAAAAUCGACGAUGAAGCGGAUGAGAGUUUGAACUUCGAUGAGAUGAUAUUGGAAGCUGCCAAGUCUAUUAUAGCUGCUACAUCAGCUCUGGUUAGGGCCGCUUCUGCAGCGCAACGGGAACUCAUUGAUCAGGGUAAAGUGGCCCGUCGUCCAGCGGCAUCCUCCGACGACGGUCAGUGGUCUGAGGGUUUGGUAUCUGCGGCGCGAUUGGUGGCGGGCGCUGCUCACGCGCUGGUGGAGGCGGCCAAUGCGCUGGUGCAGGGCGCUGCUACUGAGGAGCGGCUCAUAUCCAGCGCGAGGCAGGUAAAGGCGGAUCCGUCAUCAGAAUCGACGAUACGCUUGCAAGCGGCCGGCGCAGCUGUAAUACGUUCCACUGACGGUUUAGUUAGAGCCGCCAGAGACGCGAUACACUGCGAGGAGGAACGCAGUCUAGUGCUCAACCGUAGAAUGGUCGGCGGUAUAGCACAGGAGAUCGAUGCCAGAUCGGAGGUGCUGCGUAUCGAAAAGGAACUGGAGGAAGCUAGAGGUCGUCUCACCGCCAUUCGCCAGGCUAAAUAUAAACUGAGAGCGACUGAUACCAGUUUUGCAAACACAACAUACUCGCCAAACAGUACCUACUCGCACACGAACAAUCUCACACAGAACGUAUCCAAUCUUUCUCAAACCAUACACGGCUCGCCCAACGCUUACAGUCCACAACCACCCUACAAUCAGUCCCAAAUUGGCUAUAACCAGUCCCAAAACACCUACAACCAGUCCCAAAACAACUACAGCCAGUCGCAAAACAGCUACAACCAGACGCAAAGCACUUACAACCAAUCUCAGAGCCACUACAACCAGUCUCAGACCCCAGCGAGUCAAAGUAACGGCUAUCAAUAUCAGAGAGAAGAGAAAUACACUGGUCAGAGUCCGACUUUUUCGAGUUUCCGACCGCAAGAAGACACGCCCAAGCAAAACUACGAGGGAUUCACAACUCGAGCGAGCAUGGAAGAAAGCGUAGUGGUGAGAUCGUUGCAACUGCCGGAGGUGCGCACCGCUGUAUUAGUGGACGACGGGGUUCAACGAGACUUGAGGGUCCAACAGGGGGAGAUGAGGGUCCAACCUGUAGACAGGCGGGUCCAACUUGGAAACGACAGGGUCCUAGAGGAAAGAAUAGUCUACAAGCGGGCGCCUCCGCCGCCGCCGCGACGUGUUUCGCUGCUUAAGUAUGAGGAGGCUAGUUCUUACGAGACACGACUGUACGACACUCCACGACCAGUGCACGAGUAUAAGAAGGAAGAGCACAGGCAAUAUGAAACCAGUCAUUAUACCAAAGAUCAAAAGUUCGGUUACGACGCACCCACAACAUCGCCAAUGAGCCCUAAGUUCAACGCGAGAGAGUUGAAAUUCGAUGAUAAACCGGAGCCCAUUUACUCGUCCCUCAAGAAGCCGACCACGCCUAAAUCUCCGUUUGACGGCGUCGGCCAAUCGUUCUCUGAACAUCAAGUGUCCACCGAAGCUAUACCGGGUGGUACCAAGCACUCGGAGUUCACAAUGAAAAGCGAAUCUUACCAGAGUUAUCCUAAGACCGAAUAUUCAAAAAUGGAGACCAGAUCCGAAGUCAAAUCUCCUUUCGUUACGUCGACUCCGGCUAAAUUAGAUCCGUUCCCUGAUUACCCGAAAACUUCGACGGAAUUGGUGAAAGCCGCGACGCCUGACUACGAUAGGAUAUCUUCGCCUUACGGCAAAGAUGUUCACAGUUACGGAGGACCGAAUUACAUGGAGGAAACCACCACGGAAGUCAAAGAUAUACCGAACGGUACACAGAAAAUUACCACGACAAAGAUAUACAGUUCGUCACCAGUCAACAUCACGAGUACGAAUACAAAAUACGAGCCAGUGAAACUGGAAGGCAUCGACGAACUAUCGAAAUCAUUCGACAACGAAUCGAGAUAUAGCACUUUGGAUUCACGCUUUAACACUUUAGAGUCCAAAAUGAGUUCGGACACUAGCCGCUCCUUCAUGCGACCGUCGGAGUUUCAGUCGUCGGACUAUCAAUCCACCACGAAUGUCACAAGGAUGAAAACGCCAGCGGAUCUUAACAAAGAGAUCGACAGUAUCGAUAAGAAAUUUGGUAAACAGACCAUCACGUCGGAAACAAUAGAAAGGAAGUCUGUUAUGACAAGUUCGCAUAAGUCUGAAACUAGUUCGACGGUCACCAAGAAAUUCGGAAACUUCUAAAAGCUCUAUUGUAACGGUGACUGCGACGCAAGUAGCGUGAAGGAAAGAUGGUAAAAAAUCAAAUCUAAUAACAAAUCUGUUAUUGUAAAGUGCCUUAUAUUUUGCAGUUUUCAAAUUGUAUUCUUGUUUUUUUUCUUCAAUUUUUUAUUGUAUAGUGUUGCCCGCGCAAGCGAAACGUCCACUGAAGGUAAAUGAACACCAAUUCUGAUAGAUUUAGAUAUUAAACGUAGAU